GUAUUUUACAAUUUUUGGGCACAAAAACCCCUGGUUGAUAAAUUGAGAUGUACAUGUAAUUGUUUCGACACUAUCUUCAGAGGAAACUAUGAAUGGCCUCCUAGCAUGUAUAAGCACGUGUACUUCAAUACCAACCUGACGACAUUCAAAAUAUGGAUUAUCAGCUGCUUGGGUGUCAUAACUUGCUACGAAGCCACCAAAAAAAUCCUGAUGAUCAUCAAAUCAAAAUGCACCAGACUGCCCAUGUUGGUUCUCCUUUUAUCCAGUUUAUAUCCCCAUUACUAUGGCUGGUGGAAUUUUUUUCAAUAUUUAAACGAAGAAUUUUAUGAUCAGUGGUACCACCAGUUGUUCUUCACAGGCACAGAACUCCUAUCUACAAUCAUGGUCUUCCAUCUAUGUGACAGUAGAAACAAGAUAGAACCAUGGAAACUAUUGUUCAUCUUCAGCUUAAACAUCACUCACAUCAUCGUUUCUUCUCUUGACCAGUUCAUUACAAAUGUUUUCCUGGCCAGAGGGCAAAGUUUCGAGAUAUUUCGAGACAUUGGUCUCAUGUUACCUGAUCUAUUGCACGUAUUUGUGGCAUAUUUUGAAAUGAGUAUUCUGUCCGAUAGACACAAUACUUCCAUCAUUAAUUUGCUUCGUAGAGAGGAGGUGAUGUUAUCUCUGUUGGUUGUUAUACUUUUCAGUGUU